CAGUUGAGCGCUGAGCGCUGCGUUGACGUCAUUAAUGUGCGACAGCCACACGCUUCAUGUCAUCUCUGUCUUUUGUUUUGUUUUACUUUAAAAAUUACAACCAGCUCUAGAAUAAAUCUACCAUGUCUUUGACGACGAGUUGUCGUUUUUGUUUGGGUUUGUAUAGGUCGAGAAUUAACAGCCGUGUGUUUGGAUAUUUGGGGUCUCCAGUGAGACUGACACACACACACUGCAGAAGAUGGACACCUUCUCCUUCACACACACCACUGUUUCUACAGAAUAACUUUCAUUCAGACAGCUUGGGCUCUAGGAGGACAUUUAAAACUGCUGUAGCAUCAUGGAGCGAUGAAGUUGGCAAAAUUCAGUCAAAACAUUAUCAUUUGGUGUAUACAUGCAAGGUCUGUUCCACGCGUUCAAUGAAGAAGAUCUCCAAGAUGGCGUAUCACAACGGCGUUGUUAUAGUAACGUGUCCAGGCUGCCAGAACCAUCACAUCAUCGCCGAUAACCUUGGAUGGUUUUCUGAUCUGGAAGGAAAGAGAAACAUUGAGGAGAUUCUCGCAGCCAAAGGGGAGACAGUGAGGCGAAUCGCGGACGACGCUGCCAUAGAGAUUGUUGCCGAGGAGACGAUUAAAGAUGCGAUGCAGAAGACUGAAGACGACCAGAAAGCUCUCGCAGACAACUCGGAUAAAUCGUGACUCUUCUGACAAAUCCCUGCUGCAGUAACAGACAUUUUUGUAUUUGACUGUGGAUACGAUGUAUGUACAGUAUGAAGUGUGUAAAUCUGCUUUUGUAAAUAAAAGUAUUCAGGAUGGAGGGCUUUCCAGGUUUCUCCAUAACAUGACAAGUGACUUUUUUGUCAAAUUAACUUCAAGAGGCUGGUGAGGGAAUGAAUGUUUAUAGCUGCUAUAACAUAAGGGAUAACAGGAGCUAACUUGUUUUGUGGUUUUGUGGACAUUCCACAACAUUAAAUGUAACUGAAAAAUUAAAAAAAAGUAUGAAGUGUCGUUCAUUACUAUAAAAAUUGUUAGCAUUGGAAAUUUGCUCUGGUAUAAGAGGAGUAAAACAUUUUUUCAUGUUGUUAUUGAAAAAUAGUUUCGUAGUGCUGACACUAAGUGCCGCGUCAAAUCUCCCUGUCGUUGAUUAUUUUCCUACGUCGACAUGCUGUGUCUUGUAUUAUUCUUUCCAUAUCUUAUUUCUAAUUGCCCAAAGAACAGCUUAGAGCUUAGAUCCUAUUAUCUUACCCCACCCCAGUGUUCACUGUAAUGCUUUGCUAUUGGAUAAAAAACACUUUUCUGUGUGAAGCUUUGCUUUCAGCAAAAUGAAAAAUAUGGUCUAAACAAAUUUGUGGUUUGUGGGUGGAUCUACUGAAAGCCUACAGCAUUACAAUUCACCUUAAUAUAUUUUCUGUCGUAAGUGAGAUGACAGUUGGUUCAUAAACAUAUUUUUUAAAUAAGCUUUGACUGGUUAUUUGUUAUUCAGCAUCUGAUGCUGAGAUUUCAUCCUCAAAAAUUAAACCUCCAGGUUCUGAGUCCCAUUGUACUUCACAUUUCCAUAAACACUGCUCCAAUAACGUUUGCUAAGGUACACAUCUUUACUGAGAGCUACAAGUGCACUACAUAGCUACAUAACAUUCUAAUUUGUGGGUUUGGCUAUGUCAGCUACACCCAUUGCUAUAUAGGUGUGUAAAAUCAAGCACACAAUCAUGCAACCAGGGUUUUUGAACUUAAGUUCAAAGCCCUAAGCGACAUCCUACAGUCAUCCUGCAUGUGAGCUCCAUAGACAACCAUUUACAGUAGAGUGGAUCAUACUGAAGAGCUCACUGACUAUCAAUGUAGCAUGGACAGGAUGCCGUCUUUGCUAUCUGGUAGGUUUAAUGAAUUUCCGCCAUGCUUAGAGCGAACACUCCCUGGAUUUCCAGACUGCCAAACUGGAAGCAGCAUCAGCACAAGAAUGUUUAGUCAGGAGCUUCAUGGAUUUGGUUUCCAUGGCUAAGCAGCCGCACAGAAGUCUUACAUCACCAU